CUCCGCUGUGAUCACAAGAAAACAGCAACAUCAUCGGAAGCAAAUCAGCACUGCAUCCUAUAUCUUACUACACACCAGCGUUUUCAAGUCUCUCAAUCUUCCUAUCAAUCAUGUCUCAAGACAAGGCUAACAAGUCUUUUUGGCUUGCAUACUGCGAUGCUAUCAGGUCUCAACUUGGAGACCAAACCGGCGAGCAUACAUCCUACUUCUUCAGCACCAGAGCUCAGCGUGGACCACCUGCUGGACCGGCGAGUUUGAUUGAUCCGAUCUACGCCAACAUGGGUAUCUUCGAGAUCGGCGAUAGCCAACUGUACACCGACAACAUGUUCUACGUCCCUUCCAAGUCGAACUCAUUCUCUCGUGCGCUCCAGACAUAUAUGGAACAUGUUGACCUUGGCGCAGAGCCUAAUUCCACCAACAAGCUGAACUUGGCCACAGCAAUGCUCAACGAAGCGUCAGCAAAAGAAGCAUUCGAUGCUGCAACAGUCAAGGCCAAAGCAGAGUGGGUAGCACUUAAAAAGGAGCCAGACUUCAUGGUUCCGGGUGACACGUGGUUCUCCUGGAAGAGUCGCGAUCAACAGCAUCUCAACUCGCUAGAGUCAAACUACAACAGCGCGAUAUCUGCUACCGACUCUGCCACUCGAGAUGCCUAUGGUGACAUGGCGUUCUCGUACAUGAAGGACAAGCAGCGAAUUCGAGACGCUAUCAACGGCGCUACACCACUCUCAGGCCUCAACAUGCCCGUGGUAACGCUUGGAGCUCAGGAUGCCGACGCCAUCUUGAGGCAAAUUACGACCAAAGGCGUCGUGGCAUCACCCACAGCUGACUACUACGUUCCACUUUACUCAGCCCCAACCUACGCUGAGCAAGUGGCAGGUUGGUUGAGCACGGCGAGUGUUAAGAACAAGCCGCGCGGUGAAGUAACUAUCGACUUCAACAAAGGUAGCAAGGUUGACGAGAAGAGCUUCAAGCAUACUAACGCAGGCGGUGGCGUCUCAUUCGACUACGUGCCUUGGAUCUCUCUAGGUGUCAACGCCAGCGUGGACAACAAAGAAAGCACCAUGUUCACGCACGAGGAUCAGCUCAAGACUACUCUCACCAUGUCUUGGGACGACCAAUUCCGAAAGAUCGAUGUGAACUCGGGAAAAUGGGACAUUCGCGGCAACUCUGCCUACAAACUCAAGAGCGACGCCCCAGAUGGAGUCAAGGGUCUAGCUCGCGUCGUGCAGUUCGUCAUCGUCUCGAACCUCGCUUUCGAAGUCCAAUUCUCGGGCAACACGAUCGACGAAUUUGACAAGCAGGUCUCAAGCUCUGUAUCCGGUGGUGGAAGUAUUCGUCUCUUUGGCAUCCCCAUUGGCAUCAAUGCGCAUGCAUCGGAGGAGAAGAAUGACACUACACACAAGGCUGAUUGGGACUCCGCUACAGGAAAGCUAUCUAUCAAGCCUACGCCCGAUGGAGGCUUUGCCAGCAUCAUCGCGGUGAUUGGAGAGAAGGUUUGAUGAAUCAAGGCGGUGGUUGGAGGCCGAAGGGAGAUGGGAUGGAGGGGACCAUCUGGGCGCCAGGUGCUUUCUUUUGCCUUGUAGUCGGAUUUCCUUCCAGCAAUUUGCCUGUCAUUACCAGUAAUACAAUGUUGUUUUUCUCGCACUCGAUGAGUUGAAUCAACGUGUGGUAUGC